UGGAGCUCGCGGGGGCCCUGCAGCUCGGGGAGCUGGCGGCCGCCUUCGCCCGGGUGCCCGUCUUCCCGCUCUUCGACCUGGGCUACUUCAUCGUCUCCAUCCUCUACCUCAAGUACGAGCCAGGAGCAAGGAGGUGUGUGUCUCACCUCCCUGUCUGGGUGGAAUAAAUGGAGUCAUUGAAGAACUGGUUUAACCUCACUCAAAUCAGAGAGUCCAGCAAGACAAAAAGAUGCCCCAAUGAAACAGCAGGACACCCCAGCAGCUGGAGGUCAGAGUUGUGAACUGAGCUGGAGAACAAGGUGUCAGGAGCUGUUGAGAUGUCCCAUCAGAGCCCUGUUGCCUCAUGGCUUUGUGCUAUGCUUCAUUGCUUUGGAAGUUAUAUUCUUGCUGAUAUGUUACUUGGGGAAGCUCCUAUUGAUUAUUUCAGCAAUAACUCUAGUGUGCUCCUGGCCACGGCAGUAUGGUAUUUGAUUUUCUUCUGCCCCAUGAACCUCUUCUACAAGUGUGUCAGCUUCUUGCCUGUGAAGCUCAUCUUUGUGGCAAUGAAGGAGGUGGUUAGAGUUCGUAAAAUUGCUAUUGGAGUCCACCAUGCUCACCACCAUUACCACCAUGGGUGGUUCAUUAUGGUGGUUACUGGCUGGGUCAAAGGUUCUGGCAUUGCCUUGGUGUCUAAUUUUGAGCAGCUGCUGCGUGGAGUCUGGAAGCCAGAAACAAAUGAAAUUCUUCAUAUGACCUUCCCAACAAAAGCCAGUCUGUAUGGAGCAAUCCUCUUCACCCUGCAGCAGACUCACUGGCUCCCCAUCUCUAAAGCCAACCUCAUCUUCUUCUUCACCAUGUUUAUGAUUGUUUGCAAGGUGUUUAUGACUGCAGCUCACUCGCAUACCUCGCCGUUUGCUCCAAUAGAAGGCUUCAUCUGCCCAGUACUCUUUGGCUCCGUUUCUAGUGGGUACAACAGUCACCAUGACCACCAUGAGGAUUCCCAUGAUACUUCCCCUCCUGCGAAAUCUAAGGAGGAGCUGAAUGAAGGCACACGGAAACGGAAAGCGAAAAAGGCUGAAUAAGCGAGAUCGGAUACACGUGGUGAACAAGCCAAGGAAGAAUCCCUCAGAGCUGCAUUGAAAUCAUCUCCAAGCCACCUGUGACCUCACAUACCCUCCAAUCCCUGAGACUUCAAAAGAGAGAGAUGGAAAUCAGGACACUGCCAGAUGGAUCCCUGAAUUUCAUCCAUGCGCUUCGCCCUGCUGCUAGCUUCAUGAUCUUUGUCUCUACAUCUAAUCCCCUAUUUUAGGGGGGGGGGUAAAUUUGUGCCAGGCUGAGGUUUGGGUACAAGUUCCCAGCCCACCAGCAAUUAUGACAACAUUUUGUUACUAUACAAUUCCUACUGCCCUCCCGUUUCCCCCCCCCGCCCCAACACAUCAUUGAAGGGGAUGUUUUGUGUUCCUCCAACUCACAAAUUCCUUUUGAUACCCUUAAAAAGAAAAUGAAAUACUUAGAAACAACUGAAUAUGGAAAUUGGAUUUUUCAGCAAAAGAGUAAAUUAUCUCCUGUGAAGCUGAGCUAAUGCAUUUCAUCUCCCAUACUUGCAAAGUACCCCAUGAUGUAGGGCUUCAAAUUAAUAUGGCAUAUUUUAUAUGCCUGAUGGGCCUGGCCAAGUACCACUUGGGUAAUUACAUUUUUCUCAUCUAAAUUCCCCCUGCAAUUCUUAAUUGAUACAACUUCUUCAGUUCCUUAACAUAAUGUUUACACAUGUUUUGAAGAUGUAAAAUGCUAUAAGUGUUCUAUAUUCAUACUGUUACUAUCUUACACUGUUGGGUAGUGUUGUUUGCUGUUAACUCUAACUGCCAACAACUCUCUGCCCCACCCCAGAGCUGACUGCAUUUCAUUGGGGAGGUGAAAUGAUCCCUAGAGUUUGGAUACUCUUUUGUUUGUAAACUACUUUGGAAUCCUGACGGAUACAGGCACAAUCUAAAUGAUUAUUUAUUGCUAUUUAUUAUUGCUAAGGCACCAAAUUAUUGGGCCUGAAAUUGGCUUUUAAAGAGAACUCGGAAUCUGUAUUUACACAGUAGGGCACAUUUGAGAAAGGUCUUAGGCCCUCAAGUACACUCUAGCCCAUGCUGAUUCCAAAGCAGGCUGGAGGGUGGGCUCAAUUCUCUCACUGCUGGGAGGGGUAUUUCCUUACAUUAAAAUUUUAUAAACCCAGGAAAUGGUUUUCAGAUAAAUCUGAUUAAAACACCACUAAACAUCUGACUGGAGCGCAUCUGCAGAGGAAAUAUGAGCCUCUUUUGUACAGCUCAUUGAGCCAAACUUUUAUUAGCUGAGGCUGUAGAGCACUCUCUCUCUCUCUCUCUCUCUCACUCAAAUGGGACAGAACACCACACCACACCCAGGAGCUGUGUGGGUUACAAUAGCACAAGUAUGAGCCUGGGAGAAGGGCCUUUGCCCAGAGGGUGAGGAAGGAAAUGGUCAGUCUCCUGAAUGCAGAAAGCCAUGGCACAUGGAGAAUUCAGCCAAUUCUUUCAUGUCCUGCUCUGUGAAUGUUUGGGGAUAAACUUUAGAUAGGAAAGGUUUGAAAUCUAUGCACUGAAUUUGUUCUUAAAAGUGUGACCUUGAAUGUUGCCGCCACAUGAAGUGCAUUUGGGUUCUGAAUUUCCGGGGUCGGUCAGCUGGAGCUGGGAAUACUGCUGCAGGGGCAGCCCAACUGGUGCUUGGAGCAUAUGGGUGAGCUUUCAGUGGCAUUGCAUCCUGCCAUCCUCAGCUGAUGGUGUAGUUGCUCUGACUCAGCCUGGGUGGGUGAGUGUGUUUGGAGGUGGGGGAAUAAGUGAAAGGAAUUCAGAGAAUCUCUCCCCAUCCCUACUCCAAAAACUUUAAUUGUUAAAAAUCAUUGAAAUAAAUGGAAAUUAGUUGCCUAGUGGGGCUGGUGCAUGUAACCCUAAACCAAAUCCUACGUACAACAGGACUAAAGCCAGUACAGGAGAUCAAAUUAACUAUGGUUCUUAGUUUUGAAAGUGCCUUAUCCUUGUGACCUUCUCUCACUCAUUAUAAAAUACAAGAAUAGGCCUGAUAGCUGUCUAUUUUAAUAGAUUUUGUUUUAUUGAAGCCUGAUGUUUCUCUGACAUGUGCCAAAAUGUAUUUAAUGUUCAGUGAGAUGCUUGAUUCAAGGGGAAUUAUUGUUUUAUAACAGCCAUCAACAACAUAAAGAGAUUGUGAAGUGA